AUGGCGCCGACGUACGAGCCGCCGGCGUACGAGACGACGGUGCGGGCGCGGAAACGCGCGGCGGAGACGUCGUGGCGGGACGUCGACGCGUGGGGGGUGGAUGGGCGCGCGGCGCGGGGGACGGUCGGGACGGCGGCGACGACGACGACGACGACGGAUCGACGGUUUCCGACGCGGGAAGAUUUGAACGCGAUCGUGCGCGUGCGCGCGAUCGAUGGGUGGGACGAGGGGACGCCGUGGCUCAUGGAUGUCGACGCGGUGUCGUGCGCGGCGAACGAGUCGAUGCGUCGGGUGCGGGUGGGCGAGUCGGAGCGCCAGCGAACGCUGCACGCGCUGGCGGGCGAGGAGUUGGAGCGGGAGAUGGCGAGCGCGGAGCGCGCGCGCACGGGGGGGUGCGCGAUGACGAGUGGAUGUCGAUUACCGGCGCGCAGGAUCAUGCACGUCGUCGGGCCGAGGUACGCGGAGAAGUACGCGACGGCGGCGGAGAACGCGCUGUGUCACUGCUACGUCGCGCUCCUGUCCAAGUGCGUCGAGGAGUGCAAGGCGAGAACGGUGGCGUGCACGUCGCCGUGUUUGGAAAAUAAAAAAUAUCCGACCGAUAAGGCGGCCAUGGUCGCCGCGCGAACGAUACGUCGGUUCUUAGAGCGGUGGCAAUCGAAGUUUGACGCCAUCGUCGUGUGCGUCGAGGAGGAGGCUUUAGAGCCUUACCUUGAGGCGUUCACGGUGUACUUUCCGCGAAACGACGCCGAGUCGGCGUACUCAGAGGCAAUCUUGAAGGGCCAGCCCGAGUUCAACGAGUACGGCGAGCCGAUUUUGGCGGAGAGACGGUUGCGCAUCGAUGCGAGACCUGGGCGUUUGUCUUCGGCGAGCGAUUUCAAUAAAACCACGGGCGUGAAGCUUGACGACGAGUGCGAUGACGCGGUCGUGCCCGCGGUAUCGAGCGUAUUCAUGUCCAUGAACGUCGAUCCCGAGACUCGGAGGAUGCGUGAGAAGAUCAUCAGAGAGGACGAAACGGAUUGGUGGGCGGACGAAGGAACGCCUAAGGAUGACUCACUCACGUGCGCGGACACGCGCGCGAUCGAGGACGAGCAAACGCGUCGCGAGAACCUCUUGAAGAGAGCCGAGUCCGAUGACGUGAGCGAUGUGAGUGACAUGAAGGCGAUUUAUCUCGAGGACCGAAGAGACUACAUCGGACGACGAGUCGUCGUCGCGGUCGCCGCGUAUCUCGAGCGUCUCAUCAAGGCAGGCGAAGAGGAGCGUUUGUUAGUGCACGUCACGAAAGAGCUGAAAGGGGUCACGACGAACGCGCGAGGAUACGUCAUCGUGUAUCAUCACGCCGGUGGAGCGUACGGCGCGCCUCCGAGUCUCGAUUUCAUUCGAAAGCUGUACAUCGCGCUCGGACCGCAACACAGAGACACGCUUAAAUGCGUGUUUGUCGUGCAUCCGACGUCGAUUUUGAAGGCGGCGAUCUGGGCCAUGGACAUGCUUCAAAUGGAGUCCAGACUUUUUAACAAGGUCGAGUACGUCGACACCGUGUGCGACUUGCGCGACUACGUUCGACUCGAGGGCGUGAACGAAGCGCUGCAAGUCCCAGAGCACGUCGAGGAGUACGAGCGCGAUUGCGUUCUCCAAAAGAGUAAAUCGAUGUGGUUGUAA